AGAGACGAUCGCUAUAAAGGUGGCCUUUUGGCAGAAAAUUCCGGCACAAGGUCAUAGACGGAGAUGCCGACUCCUCAAGUGUUCCAUUGCCGGAAGCUUUUCUGAAACAGAAUGACCUAGACUCUCUGAUUUAAUACCUCGUUAUGUUUGGUUAAAGCCAGAGAAUGAGGCUAAUGUUGAGGCAAUUGAAGUCGACAUUGGAUGUAAACUUUAAAAGGUCUUUUCGUUGCCGAAUUUCUAUGAUCUCGCACCUGAUAUAUCAAAAUGGAAUGAUAUAUGGAAUUGAUGCAGCAUCUGGAGCAGCAGUGUUAGCUUUGGACAUCUCAUCAGGAGAUCACGUCCUUGCAUUGAUCUUUGUGCUGCACUGCUGCUCCUGGAGUCAUGGUGCUAAAUUAUGUAUGAUAUUGGAUAGUCUUGGAAGCUCUGGUUCUAUGCUAUACAUAAGUGCUAUCCCUGUAGUGUGAAGUUCACAGAACAAUUCUGGAUUGCUUGGCAUCCUUUUGUAAAUUCUUCAUUCUCUUCUAAUUCAGCAUAUAUUCCCUUAAUAUUUAACUCGAGUUCACUAACUGUCGUCGUUACUCUGCCUUGUUCGUGUUGGUUUUUCAUUUCUGUAUUUGUUGGAUUUCAAUUCAUAAAAUGUGGUUUCAGUCAUCUAAUUACAGUCCACUGUUGUUAUUUA